UAUACGUGAACCUCCAGUUAACCUAAUUGAGGGAUCCCUUUAUUAAACCGCUUGGGAGGUCGAGGCGCGCGGCGGUGAUCGAGCGGAAGAUGGAAAAGGGUAUACCAGGCGGCGGUCAGGGCGACGUCAAGCAGCUCGCGGAUUGCACUGUUGCCAAUGCACUCGGAACAUGGUUUUUCUCCGUAGCUGGUGCUUUAAUUGCAAUUCCCGUCGGAAUACGCAGGAAAUCACUGGGGCCAUUGGUAUUCUUUGGUACCACUGGCACCAUGCUCGAUAUCAUAAUAGGAAUCAGCCAGUGCGAAAGAGAACAUGCAGAGCACCAGAUGAGACUCUUAGAAGCCCAAAACCAUGAAAACACUGUGCCAGUGGAUGCAGAAAGUUAACUUUGGCUGUCUCAAUUUAACUCAUCUGUUUUCUUCUUUUACGUAUCCAUCUUGUAUCGAUCAUGAAACUAAAUCUCAACUUUUCAUUUGAAAUGAAUGUCGUUUCAAUAAGAUCUAUUUCCUUGUUUCA